AUGAAGGCACAGGUUCUCAAUGCCUACAAUGAGCCUUAUGUUUUGACAGAAGUGCCUUUGCCGAAGUUGACAUCUCCGUUCGACCUUCUGAUAAAGGUGGAGGCUGCUUCAUACUGCCACACCGAUGCAGUUUGCGCUGCAGGCGGCUUUGAAGGCCACGCAAAUGGCCCAACUCAAUGGCCUCACAUCGGCUGUCACGAAUUUGCAGGGGCGGUUGCACAAGUACCCCAACUAGAAUUCAAAGGUGGUCCCUCAAUACCGCGAUUUCAAAUUGGUGACCGCGUGGGUGUGCCCGGUCGUGCAUUCCAUCCAUGCGGAACCUGCUUUGAAUGCAAACGAGAAACCACGAACCAUGGCCAGCCGGGUGACAACAGCGGUUAUUCGGUCUAUUGCCCGAAUGCGAAAAACCUUGGCUUGAGCGUCGCCGGUGGCUUCGCGCAGUAUGCCCUUGUGGAUUCACGUCAAAUCGCACCGCUCCCAAUCGGUAUGAGUGCACAGGAAGCUGCACCACUGAUGUGUGCAGGAUUAACCAUAUAUUCUGCGCUGCGGAACUGUGAGUUAAAGCAUGGGCAGCGGGUUGCCAUUAUUGGCUGUGGGGGAGGACUGGGCCAUCUGGGGAUCCAAUUUGCGGAGCGGAUGGGAUUAAAGGUUCUCGGCAUCGAUACAUCAAAACGCGCAUUGGAUCUUGCUCGCCAAGUGGCCAAAACAUCCAAAAUUUCGAACGCAGCCGAGGUCAACGCUGCUGAUUUGGUCCAUGAGAUAGGGAAAGAAGAUCGUGUCUCUGAGCGGGGGCAAAUGGGAGUUGAUGCAGCCAUCAUUCUCCCUGAAUCUCAACAAGCUUUUGACUACGGGAUGGGACUGCUAAAGAAUUGGGGCAGAUGCGUUGUGGUAUCAUUCCCCAAAAAAGGAUUUACGUUCUCUACGCAGGACGUUGUCUUUAGACAUGUGUCUAUCAUUGGCAGUCUCGUCGGCAGCAACAAACUACUGUGCGAGAUGUUGGGGUUCGCAAGUACGCAUGGAGUGAAAAGUGUUACAAAAUCAUUUCCUCUACAUCAGCUUAAUGAGCUUGUUGAGCAACAGCAUGCAGGGGCAGAGGGCAAGCUCAUUAUUGAUGAGUUUGGCGAAUCUAUCCCCCUAGUGAAUAGUUAA